UAGAUAGUUGUUGAAGAAACAACUUCAUUUGCGUGGCCAGCGAUUAGCUAAUCAGAAUGGCUACUAUUACAAAGUUGACGACGUUAGCUAUCCUACUAAGCAGCACCUACGCUGGUAUUCUCCAUGGAAACGACCAUUCCCAUGAUCUCCAUAGUCAUGAGCAUCACGACCUGCACAGCCAUGAUCACCACGACCACCAUGGCCCUGCUUAUCCUCCAGCGCCCCUAGCCAGUCUAUCAGCGCCGGGUUCAUACGCUCCAUCUUACUCUAGUUUCGCACCCAGCUCUUUCCCAGCUGGUUCUCUGCCAUCUGCCAGCUACUCUGGAGCUGGUUUCAUUGGAGGUGGAUCAAUCUCGGGACACAACUUAGGAUAUGGUGGAGCCGGCCUUACUGAAGCUGCUAUCGGAUCAGCUGGAUUCAGUGGACCUGGUUUCGGAGGACCUGGUUUAUCUGCAGGCAUCGGUGGCGCUGCUCUUUCCGGUCCUUUGUCUGGACCUGGUUUAAUUGGAGCUCCCAUCGCCCCACCUGUUCUCGCUGGUGGUUCUUUACCUGGAGGCUUCAACGGUCAAUCAUCCCCCAAUGGUCCUAAAGCUCCUGUAAUUGACGAAAUCCACGGACUCGCCAACAGCAACGGAGCGCCUAUUCAGUACCGCGUGCGUGAGGAGCCCUACCAAGUAUUCCGUGAAGUCACACACAGAGUUCCCCAGCCAUACCCAGUGCCAUACCCCCAAACCGUUCAAGUUCCAUUCCCCCAACCUUACCCUGUUCAAGUCCCAGUCGUAAGAAACGUCCCAGUUCCCGUUGUUAAGAUUCAACACGUGAAAGUUGACAAGCCCGUGCCGUACCCAGUGGAGAAGAUCGUGAAAGUGCCUUUUGAAAGGGUUGUGGAAGUGCCCGUCGACCACCCAGUUCCCGUUGAAAAAAUUGUUGAAGUGCCCAUCGUGAAAUUGAUUAAGGUUCCAGUACCAGUCGUGAAGACUUACGCAGUGCCAGUAGUGAAGACUGUGCAUCACAAAGCUCAUGUUAGCCACGGACAUGGCCAUGGCAUUAACAUCCACGGUCUCAUUCACAAUCUCGGACACGGAUACGGCCAUGGUUACGGUUACAGUCACGGACACGGUCACGGCUGGUAAACAGAAGUUCAAUACUUUGGAUAAAAUACCUCAUUCACCAUUGGCUAGUCUACUCUUCUGUAAAUAUUUCUUGUCGUUAGCUCAUCGAGAGGCUGCAACGUAGGGUGAUAACUAAGUCAUUAAUUUAGGAACACAAUGUGUAUUCAAUAUUUUCGUUUUGUAAAUAGUAAGUAAUAUUUAGAAUGAUUACUUUAAAUAAACGAUCCUCCAAAGAA